AAAGUGUUUUCGCCGCAGAUGAAUGAAGGCGAGUUCAGAGCAAACUUUCGAGUGACGAGAGCCUCGUUCAAAAGGCUGCUGUUGAUUGUGGAGCCGUAUAUCAAGAAGGAGACAACCAAUUUUGGGAAACCAUUGCCAGCAGAAGUACGUCUAGCUGUGUUCUUAUUCUACGUUGGCCAAGGCUGCUCGCUACACCAGUUACGCUCCCAGUUUGGAAUAGGGAAAUCGACAGCAUCCGGCAUUGUGCACGACGUAUCCAGUGCAAUUGUCAGCCAGAUGAGCGGGCUGGUAAGAUUUCCGACGGGUCGGCAGGCGUUGAUGAAGCUUGCUAUGCGUUUUGAAGAUGGGUAUGGCAUUCCGGGGUGCGUUGGUGCCCUCGACGGCUGCCAUAUUCCUAUCGUGCAGCCA